AAUGCGAAACUGGUUCGUGGGAAACGGGUCUGUCGUAUGAGUGCCGGACUCUACUAUUCAAAGCCUUUCAUAAUAUAAUCGAGAGAUGUUUACUAUCGCGUGGAUUCGCACGAUUGGGUCGUUGGUUCUUCCAGCCAACGGAGACGCCGACCGCCACUACCGGCGGUUCGGCUGAUAAUCAAAACGCAGAGAAAAUCUCUCCUCUUUUCUGCAAUCAAUUUAUUU